CAGUAACAUAAACGUGGCGCUUUUCCAACACUUCCGUGUCUCCACACUUUGGUUUGCUCUAUCUCUCUCCUCGUCUGUCUCCCCCAUCUCUAUCUCUUUCUCUCCCAACAUCUCUCACUUUUAAUUUCCAGAUAAUAUUAAUCUAUCCUAUUACCUACAUCUUAUGUACAUCUUCUACGAUUAUAAUCAUCAUCCCCAGCUUUAGCGCCUCUCGAUAUCUCUUUCAUGUUUUCUCGCCGCCUGCCUCGGAUUUCGAUGCAUCGGAACUCUCUCCGACGUUAAUUCAGCUCCGUUUGCUACCUCUUACGAUCAAUAUAUUUAUAUAUAUAAAUAUAUUUUAUGAGCUUCUCAUGAGAAAAUCUAUAUUCAUAUUCGUCUAUGAAUAAAUCGUGGAGGUGGCUACUCAAAAGAAGAAAUGUUUUGUUUGAUUGGGGAACUUGCCAUUUCAAGAUGAAACCCUUUAUGGGAUUUGUAUGCGCGGUGAUGUUGUUUGUUGUCUAUAAAACAACAAAUUUGCAGUAUCAGCAGGCUGAGCUGGAAGCAAAACUGCAUCCUCUGUACGCAUCACAGGAAGUGGAUGAGGCAUGGAGAAAUUUAGUUCGUUUACCUCGUGGCAUCAUUCAUGCCACCUCUGAUUUGGACUUGAAGCCUCUAUGGUCGACCAGCAGGUCGAAGGCUAAUGUUUCCAGCCCUCGCUACUUACUAGCAAUUCCUGCUGGCAUUAAACAAAAGAAUAAUGUUGAUAAUAUGGUUCAGAAGUUUCUUCCAGUCAAUUUUACAAUUGUAUUGUUCCAUUAUGAUGGCAAAGUGGAUGAGUGGUUGAAGUUUAGAUGGAGUAAUCUGGCCAUUCAUAUUGUUGCUCAGAAUCAAACAAAAUGGUGGUUUGCAAAACGCUUUCUACAUCCAUCGAUUGUUUCUGCUUAUGACUAUAUAUUUCUCUGGGAUGAAGAUUUGGGGGUUGAAAAUUUUGACCCAAGAAGCUACUUGGAUAUUGUUAAAUCUGAAGGCUUUGAGAUAUCUCAACCAGCUUUGGACCCAAAUUCAACUGAUAUACAUCACAGGAUUACCGUGCGAAGUAAACGCAACCAAUUUCAUAGAAGAAUAUAUGAGAAAAGAGGAAGUGCAAGAUGUUCAAAUGAAACUGAAGGUCCACCAUGCUCCGGUUUUGUUGAAGGAAUGGCUCCAGUGUUCUCGAGAUCUGCUUGGCAUUGCACAUGGCAUCUUAUUCAGAAUGAUCUUGUUCAUGGAUGGGGAGUGGACAUGAAACUCGGUUAUUGUGCACAGGGGGAUCGUACACAAAAUAUUGGAGUUGUUGAUAGCGAAUAUCUUGUUCAUCAGGGCAUACAAACUUUGGGUGGAGCAUCUCGAAAAAAGGGCCGUCGGAAAUCUGAGGUUCUAAAUCCCGUUCUUAUUUGAUUUCCUGAAACAUUAGAGACAUAUUGUUGAUGUUCGCUCUCAGAUAAGGUACCAGUCUACGACAGAGCUUCGAAAAUUCCUAACACGGUGGGAAAAAGCUGUGGAGGAGGACAAGAAAUGGGUUGAUCCCUAUAAAAAGACGAGAUGGAGACUACCUAGAAAAAUGGCGAGAAUAAUUGGAUAACUGAAGAUGGAAUUUUAUAAUGUUCAAUAGCUAAUCUCUUAGAUGCAUUUGCAUUUAGAGAAUCAUCAAUUUUGUUUUUCGGUCUCCGGCAUUCUUUUGUACAGUGAGCAGCCUUUUGGAGAUAUACAUGAUAUUGUAGUGGUUUAUAUUUUAGAGGAGUAGGUAGAAAGUUUCAAGAACAAUGCAAUACAUGAUUCAGUUUUCUUAUUAAUAUAAACUUUCUUUGUUGUAGGAA